AGAUAUCUAGACAAUAGUUGUUGCCCACUGUUCCUCACCUCUUUCACGAUAUAUUGGAUAAUAUCACCGUACACUUGCAUGAUUCUAGUGGGGGGUUUGUGGGUCUUAGCCAGAUUGGCCAACUGUGACCAUGACCCCACCAACCCACAUGUCCAUCCAAUACAUUUCGACUCACCCAUGCUUUUGACACUUUUUCUCUAUAUUAAAACUACAUAUCCCCAUACAUUUGGGACAAUAGAAUAAAAAGAAACAUCAUAGCUCAAAGAGGGAGAUUAGCAGCUCUAAUACUUGGUUUCAUGCCAAGGUAGAGAAAACUUCCAAGUCUUUGUAUUAAGUACAUGGAUAUGGAAGUUGCUGUGGAACAGGAAGAUGAUUUGUUUUUUGCAGACUUGAGCAAGCAAAUUUCUCUCUUAAUUAUGGAUGAAGAUGAAGACCCCCUUCCUUGUUGUCACGCAGACUCUCUUCAGUCUUUAUCUGGAGCAAUCCAUCCUCCUCCACAGUCUGCUUCACUCUAUGAGCAAGCUUUGAGAAUACAAAGCAAAGGGACAGGUGUAUUUAUCCCACAAUCGACACAGCCUAGAAGAAAGCAAAGGAGAGGAAGAUCUAGUUCAAACGCAAAAUAUCAAAAGCAGUCUCAAGAUACAAGAAUGGUUUCUCAAGUUCCUGUAAACAAUUCUUUCAAACCAAAAAAUGGCCGAGGAUUCCCCAAAGCUGCAUGAUUUUACAAAGCUAUAUUGAUUAAUUACUUUGCUAAGAUUGAUUAUUUAUGGAUCUAAUUCUUUAAUCUUUAGGCAAUAAUUCUAUGGCUAUAUGUAGGUCAUUAUGUACAUGGGAAUGUCAUGUAUUCUAUUUAGUCUUUUUAGCAAGGCUUACCAAGGUUUUGUAACCCUUCACCGUGUGCACAUGCAUGAUUUGUUUGUUAUCUAGUUUGAUGAAUAUAUGCUUGUAUUUAAUACUAUUUCUUUCGAAUUUUCUUUUUGUUGCGCUAAUCUGCGCCUGUUGCCUUAAAUGUGAACAGUCAACAAUUGUAUUAUACAGAUUGCAGCUGCAUAAAUUGGCAGUUUGAUAACCAUGCAAAGAACAUAGACGUG